AUGAUUCUCGGCCAAAUUGCAUGGGUGGACUGCUUCGUCUUUCUCCUGUUCCUUGCGCCGCAGUUGAUCAUUCACGUCGGCUUUUUCAGGACGGCAAUAUGUGGUCUUACGGCAUUACCGUUUCUAUUAGUUCGAAUGCCCUACCAGCUCGUACGUGAGCGCUAUCUCAGCAAAAAGCAACAACAAUCGCCGUUUGUGCAACGUGCCACGUUGUUCCAGGAUGUUGUCAUUCGAUGCGUUCGAUAUGCGUUUGCGGACAUCCCUGCAGCCAUCGGGAAGGUAUUCUUCUCGAAAUGGGUGGCUUUGCCGUUUAUGAAGUUUCGAAUGUUGCGGCAUGGUAUCUGGAAGAGCCCCAUCUAUUGGCGCGAAGUCAACAGGGAAGGCGUGAAGGGCAUUUACGCCAUCGAUGAUAGCUCUCGAAGACCAGAUAUUGUUCUGUACUACUGCCAUGGUGGCGGAUUUUCGAUGGGCUCAUCGUACUUCUACCUCGAGUUUCUCAUGGUCUGGCUGACUCUACUCAAAGAGGUUGGCUACGACAACCCCGCGCUCUUUGCGUUGGAAUACACUCUCGUUCCCGAGGCGACCUACCCUACUCAAGUACAAGAGGCGCUUAGCGGGUACAAGUACGUACUAUCGUUGGUCGACGAUCCUUCUCAGAUACUUGUGAGUGGAGAUUCUGCAGGAGCUACUCUCAUCUUGAGUCUCAUGCUUUGCGUCUCUGGCUACUCUUCACUGAAGAACAAGAUGCCUGGCCUGGCCGUCAUCAUUUCGCCGUGGGCAACGAUCAUCUCAUCAAAGAACAAAAACACACCAUCUGACUACCUCAACGCUGAAAGCCUACACCUCUACGGAUCUCAAUACAUCGGCGACAAUGGUUCACAAGACAACGCAUUGGUCUCGCCAGGUCGAUGCAAGGAUAUAAGCUGGUGGCGGCGCGCAUCACCAAGCCAAGGCUGGUAUUUCAUAUACGGAUCGGAAGAGGUCUUCGCGCCCGAGACGAAAGACUUGAUCGCUCAGUUGAAGAAAGCUGACGUUCAAGUGAGCGAACACGAAGAGGAAGGCUGGAUCCAUGCAUGGCCAGUUGUCAAGCUCUUCUUGUGUAACAAGCAGGAGGAGAGACAAAGUGGGCUGAGAAGGAUGGUGAAGGUCAUCUCACAGAAGAUUGAGCGCCGCAAAGCCAAUUGA